CCCCCCCCCAUCAUGGCCGCCUCGAAGUCCUUCGCCGCGGAGCAGGGCGCUUCCUCCGUAGCCCCGCCCCCUUCUAAGGCCACCCCCGCCGGUGGCAGCAAGGCCGCCGCCAGCGCCAAGCCGGCCACCUUCGUGAUCGACCCGCUGCGGGCGGGCCUGUUUGCCGCGACGGCGGCCGGCACGCUGGCCGCCCCGUACCUCGGCCUGGCCCCUGACGCCCACUGCAAGACCCUGGCCCUGGCCGGGGGGAUGUACCUCCUCGGGCACAUUGGCCACUACCUCGGGUACCAUCGGAUGGCCGCGCACCGGAAUGUGCGCGUGUCCACUCCGCUGGUGAAGCUCCUGUUGCUGGGCUUCGGCGCGGCCAAUGCCUUCGAGGGCCCGGCCAUCGACUGGGCUCUCCGCCAUCGGGUGCACCACGCUCAUGCCAACACCGAGGCCGACCCGCUGAAUGCCAAGGCUGGCUUUGUGCGCUCGGCCCUGCUGGGCCCCCUGGGCCGGACGACCCCGGCUCCGGCCAAUGUCUCGGUGUCCGACCUGGAGGUCGACGGCAUGGUGGCCCUGCAGCUUGCCAUGUUCCCCAUCCUGUCGCUGGCCUUCGGUGUUCUCCUGCCGGGCCUCGUCGCCGCCACUUGGGGCGAUCUCAUCGGCGGCAUCUUCUAUGCCGGCAUCGUCCGCAUGGUCCUCUUCAGCCUGGUGAACUGGUUCGCCAGCGCCCUGGCUCGGACCUUCGGCGAGGCCCAGCUCUUCGGCCCGAACGCCGGGUUCGACAACCUGGUGGCCAACGUCCUGACCUUCGGCGAGAACUUCCUCAACUUCCACCAUGCCCACCCGGAUGACCAUCGCGCUGGGGCUCUGCCCGGCCAGCUGGACCUGGUCUCCAUCAUUGUCUGGGUCCUGGCCGCUCUGGGCCUGGCCGUGGACAUCAAGCAGAAGCCCGAUGCCGAGAUCCUCACCCAGAAGCUGGAUGCCCUGCAGGCCAUCUACGACCAGACCCGCUCCGAGAUCAGCUGGGGUGUCGACCCGGAGACUCUCCCCCUCUGGACCAAGGCCACCUUCGACGCCGAGGUGCGCAAGGGCCGCCAGCUGAUGGUCAUCGACGCCAUGGUCCAUGACGUGGCGGACUUCUUCGACAAGCACCCCGGCGGUGCGGAGGUCCUGGUCGAUAAGGUCGGCAAGGACACCACCAUCGCCUUCAAUGGCGGUGUGCAGCGCCACUCCAAGGCCGCGCGCAACCUGCUCACCCAGAUGCGCAUCGCCCGCCUGGCCGCCUCCGACGCCGAGGGCCUUGAGCAGGUCGUCGAGGACUAAGGGCAAGCGGCGCCCCUCCCCCCCCCCC